AUGGACCACCAGUCGUCGUCGUCGUCGCAGGACGGCCAGUCGUCGGCUGCUGCCGGCCAGCCUGUUAUAAAUCGACCGCACUCGCCGUCGCCGAGCCAGUUUGCGCCGACCGCAGACUCCAACACUGUCGACCUGGUCUCCCUCGACCAGUCCUCUCUCACCCAGCAAACAGCCCAGCAGCCGUUUGCCCCCGACUCGAGCUUCGACUCGUCCUUUGCCGACAGCUUCUUGACCACACAGCACCAGUCGCAGUCCUUCCCGGCCGACACCGUCGACCCUCCCGCCUUUGACCCCUCCGCCAGCUUCGCGCAUCAACCAACAUCGGGCGCAACCAGCCUGCCCUUCACCUCCCCGUCCCAGCAAAGCUUUCUGGCCCCAAAUAUCGCCGACGGCGACUUCUCUCUCUUCCCCUCCACCGGAAGCCAGGCCGACUUCAACGCGCCGCUCUUCGAACCCUCCAGCUUCAGUCCCGCCGACCUCGAUAACAUGGCGUCUCCCCAGUCCCAGCACUCGCCCAGCUCGGCGCACCACUCUCCCUCCUUUGCUCAGCACCAUCAGUUCUCAUCGCCCAAUGUCCAUUCUAGAAACGUUUCUCUUGGUCCCGAGGCGGCCCUUAUGCCUGGUCAACUCAACGAGUGGAGCGGUGCCCAGUUCACCGGCCACCGCCGCGCCCCCUCCGAGUACUCAGACGUGUCUUCCGUCACUCAUUCGCCCAAUCUCAACGUGCAUGACAGUUUCGACGAUGGUUCCGGCCACUCGCCUCUGCAACGACCGUCCGACGGCAGCAUGUACCAGGAGGUGCUCAGCAUAGGUGCCUUCAACCUCGGCGAUGGCCGCAGUCCCUCUCACAGUCCUGCCAUCAGUCCUCGCAUUGGCGCGCAACCUUUACCAGACAUGCAGUACCAAGCAGCGCCCAACCCUAGUUAUAAUAUCCCCGCCUACCCUACCAUUCAAGAUCCUUCCGGCACCUUCGUCGGAAACAGCCAAGACAUGCCGCAAAUGGCCCCUGCUAUUAAUAUUGACUUCGCGCCUGCCAACAAUGCUAAGCUUGUUGGUUUCGACGCCACCAAGUCCCAAUUGGAUCAAGAUUCACUACUGCCGCCAGACAGGGGCCGCCCCAAAUCACGUCCUCGAUCAGUAACAGAUCCCUUCCAACCCGGAGCUGCUGUGAAGCCUAGACCGAGCAGUGUCAACGCAACGCUAGGCUCCAAUCUGGCGCCGCGCCAGGAAGUCUCCCGAUCUCUCUCGCCCGGUGAUCGGCAAUCCUCUGCUGCUCGCAGACGACAAUCCACAUCUGCGGUACCAAAUAACGUGAUCGCCCUGCGCCUAGCCGACCCCGAGUAUCAGGGCGGCUCAGAAAGCGGCGGGCCAAAGCGAGUACAGAAGCAUCCGGCUACUUUCCAGUGUACCCUGUGCCCCAAGCGCUUCACCCGAGCCUAUAAUCUACGCUCUCAUCUACGAACGCACACCGACGAGCGUCCCUUUGUCUGUACUGUCUGUGGCAAGGCCUUUGCAAGACAACACGACCGGAAGAGACAUGAGAGCUUGCACUCUGGUGAAAAGAAGUUUGUCUGCAAGGGUGAGCUCAAGGCCGGUGGUCAAUGGGGCUGUGGGCGGCGUUUUGCGCGCGCCGAUGCCCUGGGUCGUCACUUCAGAUCCGAAGCGGGUCGAAUCUGCAUCAAACCACUGUUGGAUGAAGAAAUGAUUGAGCGCCAACGGCAAUGGCAAGAACAGCGCAUGCAGCAAGACAUGGCGAUGACAGGGCCGGGCAUGGCAAUAGACGCCAAUACUGGCUAUCCCGUCGACAACAACGGAAACUAUGCGCUACCUGCGGCUCUGCUGGCGCAAUAUCCCGCGCUUGCAGGAAUGAACUGGUCAGCACCGGAGAUGGCUGGCAUGGAAGACGACCUUAGUGGGCGUUCGUCUUUUGAUGCCAGCGACUACGACGACGGCGAGGAUGGAGGUUACAUGAGCGGCCCUGGCACCGGCUACGGCGAAGGUGGCAUGUCGCAAAAUUUUGGCGAAGUGGGAUACAGUAGUGACAUGGGUGGGCGUUGA